AUGUCGUUCACGAUCGAGGCGAAGCCCGUGGUCCAAUAUCAUGCCGCGGACAUGAAGCACGUCCGCACGUGGGUGCCCCAGUACACCAAGACGAUCGAUGGACCUACGUACGUCGAGCUCAGGCAGACAGAUAGACCUCUCGCUGUCUUACUCGGCCUAUCCCACGAGGGCAAGGCCAAGUACUGGAGCAAGAGCUGCAUCCUGGAGGAUUUGCGCAAGGCGAGGAACACGCGCGUGGACGAGGUCUUACUUGCCCACUUGCAUGCGUGCAACCCGUGCGAGAAGCCACCCGCUCUCCCAGAUGGCUUCAACAGGAUGGCGGUGAAUCCCGACGACUUGCCCUAUGGCGCGACCUUCAAUAUGAAGAUGACCGUGGAGCUCAUGCCAUUGAGGGUGCCAUGUGUUGAGCUGACCGUGGAGAAUCUCACAUGGCUCCAGAAGGUGGCGACGGCGUCGGCCUUGCAGCCAACGCCUGUGAAGCCGCUCAAGCGCAAGCGCCCAGAGGAUCGCAUUGAAUUGCCCACGCCAGAGGCGAAGUUCGAUUAUCGCAGGAAGUCUAUAUUCCUGCAGUGCAUGGAUGCAGACGGGCGCAAGCACUUGCAGUACCAAAAACCAAAAACCAUGGAACUCGCCGACAUUGAGACAGCGAUUGAGACCCUUACGGGCGAUAUUCUCAAACGUGGUUUGACGGUCUACGACGGCAACGCCGAUGACGACGAUGGCGGCGGCGAUAUCCCGCAGUUGGAGUCGCAGGAGUGA